UUGUCACUGCUUCACAGUUGUCAGUGUCGUCUGCAUUGAAUUGGAUAUUAUUUAUGUUUAUAGUUGUGCGACUUAAUAUUAAGAAAGAAUUUGAUUUUGUUGUCUUCCCGGCUCUACGUAACUUUUCUUCUUAAUUCGUCAGUUUGUUUCUUGCCGGCUGUCAUACUACAGCAAUGACAAGCAGCAAGAAAAUAGAGGAAGGCUUGGAUCAUAUUAAAUGUGCGGAAAAAAGUCUGAAAACAUCACUAUUGAAGUGGAGACCAGAUUAUGAUUCAGCAGCAGAUGAAUACCAAAAAGCAGCAACGUGUUUCAAAAAUGCUAAAUCAUAUGAGCAAUGCAAGGAUUGUUUAAUGAAGGCUGCAGACUGUCAUCGGCAAAAUAGAGCGCUUUUCCAUUCUGCCAAAUGCAUGGAACAAGCAAUCCUCAUCUGCAAAGAACUGGGAGAUUUGCGAGAAGUGUCACAGCUGGCACAACGUGCCUGCAGUCUUUACCAGCAGCACGGGUCACCUGAUUCUGGGGCUGCUGCCCUUGAUAAGGCUGCAAAGAUGUUAGAAGCAACUCAGCCAGAUCAGGCACUGCGUUUGUAUCAGCAAGCAGCAGAUGUUGUGAUGUUAGAAGAUAGUCCCAGGCAAGGCGCUGAAUUUGUCAGCAAAGUGGCUCGCAUCAUGGUGAAACUUCAGAUGUUUGAUCAGGCAGCAGAUGCUAUUCGCCGAGAAAUCGGCUUGCACCAGCAGUCGGACAACAUUCCAGCAAUUGGAAGGCUUGCUGUUGCACUUGUACUUGUUCAGCUAGCUCGAGGAGACACAGUAGCAGCAGAAAAAGCAUUUAAGGAGUGGGGAAAUUGCUGUGAUCCAGCAGAGGUUCAGACGUUGGAGAUGUUGUUACAAGCCUAUGAUGAAGAAGAUGCUGAAAAUGCCCGUGCAGCACUCAACAGUCCUUUCAUUAAACACAUGGAUGUGGAAUACUCGAGGCUUGCACGUGAUUUGCGUCUCCCAGAGGGUGUUGCUGUUCCCCGUGCUGCUGUUCGUGAAAAUGCUGCCCCAUCAUAUGUUUCUCCCAAUGCUCCUCCUCCUGCUGCCACAACUGCUGGUGCUCCUGAGGCAUCACCUGCUGGAAAACCAGUUUCUGGUAGUGGAGACAAAGAGGAUGAGGAUGAUGAAUAUGCAGGUGGUCUUUGCUGAAUUAGGCAAAAGAAAAUAAUUCACCUUGCACUGCAGAAGAUAUUUUUCAGAUGCAAGACUGACAAAGUCCAUGCAGAAUACUGCUGUUUGGCAGAGAGAACAUAUUUGCAUUUAUUCAUAUUGUGCAGAAAGUGGAAGAGAUGAGUUAAGGAAAAAAAAAAGAGGAUAAAAUAGUAACAGUGACUUAUGAUACCAGAAUCUUCCUGGUGUUUAAAGAACAUAGUGUAAAUGGUCUUAAAAUGUGCAAUGACUGAAAAUAAUGUUAAAGUAAUAUAUAAAUUGUUUUCAAUUAUAUUUGCUGAUUGAAUAAAGUGAAGGACUGCUGAAGUGUUAAUCAGUGCAUUUUUAAUUAUAGAAUGAUUUACUUUGUAAAUAAUUCUUACAUUAUUUUAAAUGCAGGUUGCUAUUAUUAGCAAAUAAAUUUUAGGUUUAAUAGAAUUCAGAAGAAAUUUUAAAAAACUGACAUAAUAACAAUAUUGCUAUGGUGCUUCAGUUUGUUCUUAUGAAUUGUUCAUUUUUUAGAAGUAAUAUUUUUUCUACUCAAAUUUUCCAAGAAGUGCUGACAUGCCAAAGAUAGUAGCAGAUUAUUUGAUAAGGUCAAUUUUUUUAGCUGUGAGUUGGGAUUGAGUUAAAUUUCUUCAGCAGUCCACAUCAAGGAGUUGUGAGCUUCAGUAAUGAUUCUAUCAGAUAUAUAUAAUCUCAGAUGUAUUGGUCACAUUUUUUACCUUCCUUCUCUGUAUGUGGAAAUCAUUUACUCAAAUGUGUAACUGAACAUAUAGGCAAUACUCAAAAACUUCACUUGACUCUUUGUGUGAAAAGAGUAGUUAAUUAAUGGUUUUAGAUUGUCUGUAGCAAGAAGUUUUGACAUCUCUGUCCUCACAAAAAGCUUCUUGUUCUCCUAUUUUAACAGUCUUAUGGGAAAAAACUUUCCUAUUAGGUGUUAAGGAAGCAUGAGUGUUUUUGUUAGACUUUUUUCUCUGUGACUGGAAGUUAUGAGAAGUUUGCUUGCACAUUAAAAAAUUACUGAAGCUAUUUAUUACCUGUUCAAAAGCAUUCCACAUUAUCUAUUAAUGCCUUAAUGGCUAAUUUUCUUUGAACAGUGCAGUUCCAUUUUAUCAGCCUUUAAAUUUAGACUUUUAAAUGAUAAAUAUUUUCUUGUCCAUAUUUUUGGUCUACAAAGAGAAAGUAAACCUGCAGUGGAAAUACACUCUCUGAGUAUCUCAUAAAUUUACUCAAAAGCACAGUUAACUGCAACUUUACUUCAGCAAAAUAAAAUGUUGCUUAUGUAAAACUUUUAGCUCUUAACUAGAGCAUCAUUAUAAUAGCUAAGUGUUUUGUCAACAUUCAGUAUACUAAUAUGUAUGCUAUGUCCAAAAUACAGCGUCAGCACGUUUUGGAAUAGUGAUAAGGCAGACAUUUUGAAAGGCAGUCACCACGAAAACUUGGUUUAUGUAUUAUUUGCUGUUUCAUCUUUUCUUUUUCUCUUGUAAAUAAGGAAGGGUAAUCAAAUCCCUUCAGCUCGGCAGUGCAUUACUGCUGCUUGUUUGUAUGAUUUCUGAUUGUGAGAAAUGGAGCAUUUUACAGAUGCUACAUUUGGAAGAGGCCCAUGUUAAUUAUUAUAAUACAUUGUUAUAUGUUGUAAAUUGUUGCUAUUUACUUAUUGUAACAGUGGAAAACUUAUAUGUACAUUAUUACAUGCAUUAUAAAGUAA